AUGGAACACCGAGUGGAAUUAAAGGCAGGAGAAGAGUUGAGAUUUGAAGUAGGCUUUGAUGAAAGUAUUAAAAUAAAAUUAGUGGAAGGAAAAGCUGAAUUUUUUGGUUCCGAAUUGGCUUUGAAUAGAGAUUAUAAUUUUAUUGGUGGAAGAAAUGGAGCAAUAUUUACAUAUCAUGGAGCAACAAUCGAAAUGGAGAGUUCUAAAGGAAAGGAUAAUAUUUCUAACUAUGUCGGAUCAGAAACACCAAUGAAGGAAUAUUUGGAAUUUCAUGAUAAAAUUAAUAUGGAGAGAGGACCUGUUAAUAAUCCUCCAAGAGUUCUUGUUGUUGGUCCUGCUGAUACAGGAAAAUCAUCAGUUGCUAAAAUUUUAGUUAAUUAUGCUGUUAGAGUUGGUAAAAAAGUGAUAUUUGUUGAUUUAGAUUGUGGUCAGAAUGAUAUUACAUUCCCUGGAACCAUCAGUAUGGUUGCUAAGAAUGCAUAUGAACCAAUUGAUAUUGAGGAUGAAUUCUCAUUAUGUUCUCCUUUAACUUAUUUCUAUGGUGAAACAACUCCUGAUAAAAAUGUUGAUCAUUUCAAAAAGAUUGUGGAACAAACUAAAAAGAUGAUUGAUAGGAAAUGUUCUGUUGAUCAAUUCUAUGAGGAAGGAGGAUUUAUUGUUAAUACAGGAAGUUGGGUUGACAGCUCUGGCAUUCAAUUGUUAUUAUAUAUUGUAAAAACUAUGCAAAUUAACCACGUAAUUGUUAUGGAUGAUGACAGACUUACAAAUAAUUUAAAGAAAGAUUUGAAAGAUACAAAAGCUGUUGUCACUCGUUUGAAGAAAAAUCCUGGUGUAAUUAAUAGAUCAAAAGAGCAAAGAACCACUGCAAAUCAACUUAAAACUAAGCAGUAUUUCUAUGGAAUGCAUAAAUCUUUGAGUCCUCACUCCAUAGUUGUAAGAUUUGAGGAUUUCACCCUUUGCAGAAUUGGUGGUGAAUGGCAGGCUCCAUUGAGUGCUUUACCAAUUGGUGCUAAAUCCAGUUAUAAUCCAGUUGAAGUUAAACAAGUUGACCAUAGUGAAAUCACCAAGUUCAGUAUCUUGGCUGUUUCUCUUGCAGAUAAAUUGGAAGAUGUUUUAACAAGAAAUAUUUAUGGAGUAAUCCAUGUAACAAAGAUUGACCAUGAAAAUAAGACAAUGACAAUUCUUUCUCCAUCCCCUGGUAAAGGACUUCCAGGCAAAUUUGUAAUUGCUGGCCACGUUUCUUGGCUUGAUACGUAA